AUGGAGCGAUUGGCAGUUGUGUUUGGAGGGGAUGAUUCGUUGCAUGACUUGUCAGCCACCAUGUUUCAAGAAUGUACGUCGCUUUGCGACCUGAAAAAGUCCAUGUGGACAAGUCAGCUUGAGGCUGCUCCAGCUCCUUCACAACAGGAACAACCAAAGAUUGACCCUCGUAAUGGAGCGAACAACGUCACUGGUUCUGGACCAGCCACCCACUUCCGAUCAGCAGCCACGGAGGGAGUAACGACGUGGGGACCGAUCAUGGGAGGAUUCGUCGCCAUCGGAGGAACCGUAGCCCUGAUCGGCUCAAUGCUGCAUGAAGAGCCUGUAGAUACUAUCACCCACUGA